GUCUUUCUACACAAUUUACUGUUGUCCGGAUGUUGAAUAUUGUUGUUAUAUUCGUGGAAAGUGCCAUUUGAAACUGAGAGCGCGAAUAAGAUAUUAAUGAAAUAAUUAGUGUGGUAAUUGUACUUACAAAAUAAUAUUAUAAUUACUUGAAGGCAUGGUCGGGGCUUGUACGGUAGUUUGAAAAGAAACAUAGCAGGUUUUGCGAAUAAGAUAUGAGCAAAGUUAACUGCUGCUAACUGUCUGACACCUUGUUUGCUAUCGUUAGCUAACUUGUAACAUUAUAUUGUGCUAGUUAGCUAACGUCUCCUAUGAUAUCAGUCAGUAUAUACCUGGCUUCUCGUGGCUGAAUGAAAUUAAACAGUAUUGAGUUAGCUAGUUAGUUAACUUAAUAUUUAGUCUAACUGCUGUUGGUACAAGAUUGGACUGACGUUGACGCCACUGCCUUCGUCGCAGUCAGAGAAGAAAUGGAGCAGCGGGAACUGUCGGAUUGGGAUGACAUUAACAAACUCCUGCAGAGGCAUGGCUUUAAACCUGUUCAAUUUGCUGAUCCUGUGGAGAAUAAGAACCUGUCAGAUUUGGUUCUUCUGGAGAAGAAAGCGGCUGCUGACAUCCGGGCCAUGCUUCGGACCAUGUUGGCAGACUCGGACAGGAGACAGGCCCUUAUUCAGGAGCUCAUCCAGUCCAACACCCUGCUCAAAGAGGAGGUCCAGCGGCACCAGAACCGCGCAGCACGGCAUUCCCAGCGGGCCUCGGAGCUGGAGGGGGUUCUGGACGGCGUGAAGGGCAAAGUGCAGGACCUGGAGGACCGCUACAUCAGCAAAGCCUCCCAGCAGCACGCCGUCUUCCAGCAGCUGCAGCAGGACAAGAAGGAGGCAGAGCAGAGUCGGUGUGAGGCGCUGGAGCAGAAGGCGUCCCAGGAGGCGGCGCUGGCGGAGCAGCUGCAGAGGAAGCUGUACUACGCCGUGACGGAGGAGGAGCGCAGGGUGGACCGCCAGAACCAGGCCUUCCAGCAGAUCCACAAGAGAGCAGCCAGAACACACUCCCCCACUGACCAGCAGGUUCUUGACGUCAUCGAUGUGUAUGAGUCCCAAAUGCAGCAGCUACAGAAUGAACUGAGGACCAGAGAGAGUGACUCCUCAGAGGCCCAGCAUGAGAAGACAUCUUCAGACAGCUCUUCAAGCCACAAAGCCUUACUCAAGUCCUACCAGGAGCAGCUGAAAGACACCAAGGCUCAGAGAGAGGAGUUGAGGCGGGAGAUCCAGAGCCUGAAGCAGGACCUGGAGACGAGGCCCACAGUGAAGGAGCUGAAGUCCUUCAAGCAGCAGCUGAAGAGGAUGGACCGGGUCCUCCAGCAGGCCAACUUCAAGUCUGCUCAGGACUCCAAGUCUGAGGAGGCCACAGAUGUGGAGAACAUUGACCACAUGCAGGCCUCUGUCUGCCGUGCUUUUCUCAAGUCUGCCUGUGUGGAACUGGGUGUGCUGGACGUGAAUCAGCUCAUACCUGCCCUGAAAACCAGGCCUAGAAAUACAGAUUCAACUCGACUGGAGAAGGUCCUCCGUGAUGUCAGUGUGCUCCUGACCAAUCCCAGGGCACCACUGCAGCUCCUGAAACAGAGGCCCAACCGGCUGACCCCAGACCAGGCCUCGCUGCCUGGGGAGUUCGAGGGCAUCCUGCCCACCCUGGAGGUGUGGCUGGAGCAGCUGGCGUCUCUGAAGGACCUGCACCACUCUCUGGUUAAACUGGUGAAGAGACUCCUCCCCUGGCAGCCGUGUGAGGAGCAGCGGGCCCCUGCAGAGGGAGUGAGGGUGGAGGAGCUGCAGCUCCUGGUGGACACGCUGCUGGAGGAGACGGCCCCUGCAGAUAAGGUGCUCUGCAGUCCCACGAGGAACACCCUGCAGUCUAUGGUGGCCCACUUCCAGAAGCUGUUCGACGUCUCCUCCCUGAGGGGAGUGUACCCGCGCAUGAACGAGGUCUACACGCGCCUGGGCGAGAUGACCAACGCCAUGAGAAACCUCCGAGACGUCCUGGACCUCGAUGAGAAAGCCCCGCCCAGUGAGGUGGUGAACCAGGUGGCUAGAAUGGCCUCCUCUACUGAAGCCUUCGCCACUCAACAAAUGCACAGCCUACUAGAGACGAAUGACAUCGACAGUAUUAUUUUAAGACUGAAGGAGCAUGAGGAGUUCUUUCCUGCUUUCCACUCCCUUGUGCUGGAGCUGCUGCAGACUCUCGAUGUCCAGAGGAUGGAUGACAUUGUCCCUGCACUGAGGGUGCUGAAGGCCAGAGUGCUCUGAUCAUGUGUUUGUUUUAAUGUGUGUGUGUGUGCGUGUGCGUGUGUGUGUGUGUUUUUGUAUAUUUAUAAAUAAACUAUUAACGAGUGAGUUUUAUAUUUUAA